AUUUGACAUUAAAUUCUCAAACGCACAUGCUUAGAGUUCGUGAGACCUAUUAUAGAGUAUUGUAAUAGUGCACAGUAAUUAGCAUUUGAUCUGUCGCCAUAUUGUUUUCACCUGGGUAAUAUUGACGUCAUGGAUAUUGUUUACUGUACCACGAGAGUGCAGUAUAAACAUGUCCAGACGAAGAGCAACCAAAAGUGCCCAUUCAGACAGUAGUGAUGUAGAUGUCGAUGGUACAGAAUUGGAGAAAGCCAAGCUGCUGAGACAUUAUCGGAUCAUGGAUGCAGACCGGCAGGCCUACAGCAUUCAAACCCAGCAGCAAAUGCGCAAGCAACAGCAGGAGAUCGAGAAACUGAGCGCCGAACAGGAGGAGCUGCGGCAUAAGCUCAGUGUUUGUAAAAGCUUGUCCCGUCAAAAGAAAGACAAAAAGGAUGCAGAGAGUUUUCAAGCGAUGCUGGAAAAGAGACAGCGCCUGGAGGAGGAGUUUGAGAAGGAGAUGCAGCAUCAGAAAGAGCUGCAGGAAGAGAUCUCAAACGUGGAGCUGAAGCUAAAAGAGCUGAGGAAAGGGAACGCCAGGACCAGUGACACCCAAAAGUCGGCGUACAGGCGGAAUCAGGAGGCCGUACAUGCACUGGAAAACAAACUGGAAAGGGCCUUAACCCGAUUCAAUGAGCAGCUGAUCAAAAACUGCCAUCUCCGAGAGGAGCUGCAGACUCUUCAUGGUGAGCGCAUUCGUUUCCAGCGGCUACACAACAGGCUGGUCCAGGAGCUCCAAGAUAUCAGGAAGAAGGUUGGUGAAGCGAUCAGUCUGUCGACCGCCGCCCACGAUGCAAGGGUGGAGGCUCAGUCCAAAUUGGCGAUGAUGCGAGAGAAAGCAGAGAAGGACCUUGCCCAAUACAACACAGAGAUGAGGGAGCUGGAGCGGGUCAUUUCACACGAGUGCAACCUCAAAGACUUCAUCGCCACCAAAUACAGCGAGAAGACAGGCCAGGAAGGGACUGAGCCUGUAUCAAAUUUGAGGGAUCUUGAGAAGAAAGACUCGAGUGAGGAAUCGACGGAUGACCUGGAGGCAUUUUUCCAGAGGAUUCAGUCUGUCACGGGAGAGGAAGACCCAGAGUUGCUGGUCAGCAGGUUCAUCCAAGCUGAGGAUCGUAACUUUGCACUCUUCAAUUUUGUGAAUGAGCAAAACAACGAAGCUGAGGCGCUGCGGAAUCAAAUCAGUCAGAUCCAGAAAGAGAUGGAGCACUUUAAAGUGAGAGGUUUGCGACAAGAGGAGCACCAUCGCGCCUCGCUGAGAGACGUCAGUGCGCGGCAGAAGGACGUCGAAUUGCAAACUGAGGAUUUUGAAAACCGCGCCGCCGUCAUAAGCAAAGUCCUGCAGGAGGUUAAAAUAGGAGUGAGCAGCAUUGUCUCGAAAGUGGAGUGUGACGUGGAGGACUCCAUCAGUGACAGCAACAUUAUGCCCUACUUGGGUGUGGUGGAGCAGAAGACCAACCAGCUCCUCAGCAUACAAGCAUUCCUUGAGAACAAGCAAAGUGGCAAGGACUACAAUCCAACCGAUCUGCCCAAAUUCAUUUUUGGCGAGAACACAGAGAUGCUCCCGGAAAAUAUUAUCUUCCAGCCUUCAGUCCAGAGUGCCAACUAUGACGUGGAUGACUUGCUUGUUGUGAAUGAGGAAGAGCGCCCACUCUCAGAGGGAGAACUCCGCAGAAAAAUAAUGGAAGGGAUGGUGCAAAGAGAAAAAAAGCUUAAAGUGAGCAGGAAAAACAAAACAAGUCCACGUGUUCUAGAGGAACCAGCAAUGGCGCAGAUACCUGUAUGAGUGGUACAACCGUACGCAAGGACUCAUAAGGAUGUCUUUUUAAAAUUUAAAAAACACUAUACAGAAAAAGUUAGGGAUUACAGGUGUAAUUUUAGGAUGAAGGUGAAAUGCAUUAUAGCCUCUCUAGCAGAACCUAGUUUGACCUUCUCUCAACUUUUGAAUGCACGUCCAAGUGUUUAAUAUUGCAGUACUUUUUGCACAACUUGUUGUUCUCCAUGGCGGCACGGUGCAUCAGCUGGAAAGCGUUGGCCUCACAAUUCUGAGGACUCAGGUUCAAUCCCGGACCCACCCGUGUGGAGUUUGCAUGUUCUCCCCGUGCCUGCGUUGGUUUUCUCCAGGCACUUCGGUUUCCUCCCACAUCCUAAAAACGUGCAACAUUAAUUGGACACUGUAAAUUGCCCCUAGGUGUGAUUGUGAGUGCGGCUGUUUGUCUCCAUGUGCCCUGUGAUUGGCUGGCAACCAGUUCAGGGUGUACCCCGCCUCCUGCCCGAUGACAGCCGGGAAAGGCUCCAGCACUCCCCGCGACCCUUGUGAGGAUAAGCGGCCAAGAGGGUUACAUUAAGUUAACAUAUAGAGGUUAUAGUGCAUUUUAGGUUUAAACUGAGAUUUCACCACAACAUCACAGACGUUUUGUUUGUAGGGUGUAUAAAGAAUCAUUUUUCAUCUCAUUUUUUCUUUGAUUGGAUUUUGGUAAAGGUCCAUUCUGAUCUCGGUUGCAAUUUGUUUAUUUAGAUCUAAUUAGCUUUAGAGCCAUAGAGAAUCUGCAGUAACCAGCUGCACUUUUUAACACGUGAACGGCCAUCUGGCUUUGGUUGGAAGUGCACUGGCUCCAACACAAAGGUUGGGGGCAGCAAAAAGCUUUUGUCAUUCUAAUUGACAUGCUGAGAUUUGGAUUUGGGUGUUCUCAACAUGAUCUGAGGAUUUUACCACCACCAAUGCUAUUGAAGUUCUUUUAGCUUUGGUUUUAUAUACUUAUUAUCACUAUGAUCAAAAAUGAAAGACAUAAAAAUGUGCUCAAUUUAAUAGUUAUAAACAGAGAUUCUCCACUGUGACCACUUAUUAUGCCUACUAUGGUGUUGGUCCAAGUCACAGAGCUAAACAAUAGUUUAAAAAAAGGAAUAAAAUGUUAGUUUGUCAUUAACGUAUGUGAAGAUUAACAGGUUUUGGAAAUAGACUUUAUUUUCUUCAAGCUGCUGCACCUCCCCUGAAGUCCACUGGGUGUGUGUCACGGUUUAAAAAACCUUUGUUUGAAAAACAUGCUUAUGCACAAAAUGUUCACUAACUAUAGUGAAUGUUUUUGUGCAUUGUAGAAUACCUUUGACUCAAUACACUGUUUAUAUGUCCAAUCUCGGUAUGAGAUUAUCUCUAUGUUAGUCAUUUACUGUCCAGACAUUUGAAUUGUCAUCUUAUGUAAACAACAGUUUCCUGAAAAACUCGAGACUGACUCAUUUUAGGGUGUUAUAUUUGUACCACCGGGCCUGUGAAACAAUCCACAAAGCCUGUAACUAUAUUUGGGAUCUAAAGGUCAUGGAGAGUCCUGAAGUGUUUGGGCAACGACAAUUUGAAAAGGGUUGAAGAAAAACAAUGAACAUGUGCUCGCUUGAAUUGAAAAAUGUUUGUAACUGUGUGGACUUCUAGGGAAAGAGACUUGAGGAGUUGGAUGUGAAAGACAACAGAAACAAGCGUACACGUUGUUUUCACAUGCACACUAUUGUCCAACAACAAUAACAGAUUUCAGGAGACGUCCUAAUCUAACCCUGCUGUGUGCACCUCAGACAACUGGGACCAUGUGAUACAGUUAUGGAAAAACCGAGACUUUCACAACUGACUCACUAUGCUGAAAUAAUCGUCAUUUUUCAUAUGCUCAUGAGUACUCUAGUCUGUCUACCUGUGCUGUUACACCUUUUGUGUUAAAAAGAAAAAUCAUUGCAUAAAGGAUUAUAACAGCCUGACGACAACACUAUUGGUUCCCCUCACUUUGGGGUUCCGUAAUGUUUGUUAUUAAGGUAAAAGGUUAAAGCAAAGCUACUCUGUAUGGUUGCAUUAAAUUCACAAAUUGGAAUUCUUACUUUUUAUGCUUAGUAAAAUUAGUAAACUUCAACUGAGUGUAAAUAAAGAAUGUGAAGCCUUUUUUUAAAAAAAAAAAUCUUUAUCUUCCAACAGCUGCUUCUUCUGAAGUGACUUGAGUUGACUGCCACUACACAGUGCUUGCAUGACAAAUUUUUGUUCACAAGUCAAAGAAAGAAAUCAGCCAAAUGAGGGCUCCUAUCUUGAAAAUCUUGUACGUCGGAUCACUCGUAUUUCAAGGCAACACUGUAUUGGGAUGCUGAAUAGAAAAAUGAAUACUGACAAAGUCAACACAGCUAAAAUGGUUUUAGAACACACAACUGAAUGCCACAAAUCGCACCCUUUAUCUCUUCAGGGUUGAACAAAAGCUGGGAGUCUACACAUAAAUCUAGUAUGAAUCCAGUGUGGUGGUGUACAAAGGCACAAUCAUUGGAAUGCUGUCAUCAAAUACUUGUUUCAACGAGAGAGGGCGCACAAAUGGGUCAAUCUGGUGUAAUCGUCUGGAACUCGUGUUGCCCUAAAGGAUUUUAGGGGGGAUGUGGAAUUGUUAGUCCUAACAUGAGUGACUGGUCGAGCGACGGCUCGAGUGUUUUAUUUAAGUUAAACCCACUUGCAGUCUCUGCCAAAACAGAAUAUGGCAGAUAAAAGGGUCCGCCGCGUUAACAGCGAUCAGGGAAACGUGAUGGAGGAGAGGCUGCCGUUUUUGUAAUUCUACUCUCGCCGCCAAGCCCUCCUCCGCCUCCUCCUCUUCUCUGCACACGGCCCUGCAUCUCCAUAGAAACCCUCCCUUUUAAUCGUAACACAAGCCUCAUUUCCUGCGACUGACAAAGAGCCCUCAAUGCCCGCCUGGGCCCACCUCCUCCCGCGGCCUCUACCUAUAGCGGGAGCAGUGAAAUCUCCACCCUCCCUAGGACUGCUCUCUACAGUAACACUGUAUC